AAGGUCUGGAGGAUAAGGUUAAAUAAGGGACUGUAAAUACAGACAGUCCGCGGAAUGACCACACUCCCUUCUCGUGCGGAACAAGAAUCACGUGUGUCUCUGAAAGUGUGUUUAUCUCUCAGUUGGGAAGUGUGUGCGCGCGCAACGUGACACGCUGUCUAAGGUUCGACUUGAGAUUUCUGUUGUGUGUGGGAGGUUUAUUGUUUGAUCAGGAAAGUAAAAGGAACAGGCUUGGUGUGAGUGUAGACUGUGCUCUGUGCACAGGGAGGAGAGCGGAGUGUGUGUUUGGAGGCGCUAAACACAACCUCUCUCUCUCUCUCUCUCUCUCUCUCUCUCUGCGAGGAGGGACGCAAACUCGGAGUAGCUUCCCGGCUGAAACACGCGCCCUCUACUCAACAGAACCGGACUGGACUUGUGUUUUGGAGAUCAGCACUGAGGUUCAGCUCAGCAAAGGAAGAACAUGGAGGAUCUCACAGCUGAGAUCCCAAGCAACGAAAAGUCAUGCCAGACAGACGAUCUGGAGGAAAAAUCCACAGUGCUCAGGCCAGAGCAUCUCAACCUGAUGCCAGCAUACUCUAUAGAGCCAGGAGACCCUCCAUUGUUGCAGAGACAGCUGCAGACAUCCAGGUCUGGCAUUCAGCAGAUCAUUGAAUGUUUUCGCACAGGUACUACACAAUUGAAACACAUAUUACUCAAAGAGGUGGACACAAUAUUUGAGUGCAAGCUCUGUCGGAGCCUUUUCCGUGGACUUCCUAACCUAAUCACACACAAGAAGUUCUACUGCUUUCCGAGGAAGCCAGAAUCAGAAGCGCACUCAGGAAACUGCAGGCAGAGUAUAGGCAUAAAAGAGCUCCUGGAGGUUACUUAUCCCCGGCCCAAACAGGCGGAGCAUGUGGUGCGACUGGAGCCCAUACCAGGCAACCAGAACGCUGUGUUUCAACAUCUGACUACACAGAGUAAAGCAGACAUUCACUCUCUCUCCCAAAGCUCCAACCACAGUCUGGGAGACUGGAAACACAGCCAACCAGAGGGCCAAGGGGAAGACCUGGGGGAACAUAAUACAGGUGAAGAAAGCGAGAACGAGGACGCGAAUGAAGGAGAUGGUGAAGCACACACAGACAAAGAUGCUCAAGGAGAUGAAGAUGAGGAGGUACCAGAGGAUGCAGGUGAGGAGGAGGAGGAGGUGAUUGAUGGUGGCAUGGAUGAUGUGAAUAUCACAUGCUGCCUGUGCAGCAAAAACUUCAGUUCAUGGCGCAGCGUACGCCGCCACUGCCGUGAAGUGCACAAGCAAAGACUAGAGGAGCUGCACAACUCUACGGAGACUCACACAGUGCCCACCGGCCUGCUGUCUGUGGUGAAGGAGCGCCAAGAACACUCAUCAGGGCCCAGUGGAAAAUGCUGCCCAGUCUGUUUCAAAACCUUUGCCACCAAAGCGAACGUCCGGCGCCACUUUGACGAGGUGCACCGUGGCCUCCGGCGUGACCUGAUUACACUUGAUAUCACCACGAAGUCAAGUGAUCUGGAAGUCGUGCCUGCUGGGCCCUGUGGCCCUUGCACUCCUAACCCUACGAUAGUUUCUCCCCUACCCCAGUACAACCUGGCCACCGGCAAGUGCCUCCUGUGCAAGAGGAGCUACAGCACACAGGCACGGCUCAAGAGGCACAUGCGUUUUGUUCACAAGAUCCUCACUGGCAAAAGUGCUGUGUCCAGCUCUUCAACUGGCAAAAAAAAUCAAUCUGAGGAGGGCACUGACACCACGCACGCCCUCAAGAGGCCCCGGGAGGAGGACAAAGGUGAGAAAUCUCCAGUGACGCGUAAGCCCAAGCUCGCUGUGGGCUUUGACUUUAAACAACUCUUCUGCAAGCUGUGUAAGCGGCAGUUCAGCUCACGCCAGAAUCUUUCCAAACACAUCGAGCUGCACACAGAUAACGGCGGUGACAUUUUUAUUAAGUUCUACCGCUGCCCCCUGUGCCGCUAUGAGUCCCGCCGCAAGCGUGAUGUGCUGCGUCAUGUUGCUGUCGUGCACAAGAAAAACUCUGCCUACCUGGCCAAGAUCCUGCCGGGCCUGGAGAGUCGCGCUAUAAGGAAGCCUGCUGAAACCGUGCUUGGCACUUCAGUAAAACGUGGACAUCCGAAAAUCCCAGAUGGCCAUCACAAAGGAGACACCACAUCAUCACACAGCCUGCAGAAGGUCAGCCCUCCGUCUUCCGUGCCCCCUGUAAUCCGAAAACAGGAUGUUCCACCCCCAUCACCACCAGUCACACGCAGGCAAAGUCUUUCUCUUCACACUUCGUCUGUCACGUGCAACCAGACCUCAAACGGAAUGUCCAAUGGUGAAGAGGCACAGGACGGCACAGAAGUGCGUGUCGCCAAAAACGUCUCGCUACACACAUGCGACGUGUGUGGCCAUGCCUUUAACAAGAAGGUCUACCUGGAGUCGCAUAAGAGGAGCCACCACAACGCAGCCAAGACUGAUGGCAGAACAGUGGGCAUGAGCACACGCUCAAAGUCCCUUCUUUGAUCUCUUUUGGGGAAACACUGGAUUUCUAGCAGCAAGGCAGUAAUAAAGAGCUGCUAAAUGUCAAACAUGAGGAAGAACUGGACCAUAGAAUAAUGCUGCAGUUGUAAAUACCUGACUAUACUGGUUCAUAGCUUUGGUACUUUGAUGGACUUAUGUAGGUAAUAAGUUUGUUUGUUCCCUUUGGCUAUCCAUCUGUCUACCCUGCCUAGACUUCUCAGCGGUGUUGUAAUUGAACUGUAUUAGAGGUGUUAACCACUAUUCCAGAGGGGGAAAAACCUAUCUAUUCUCCUAUUAGACCUGCCUGCAGAUAUUGAUAACUGCAGUGUCUCAAUCUCAGCCAAGAAGUGGACAAAAACUACUGUUCCAGGAUCCAGUUGUGGUGGAUCAGCCCCAGGCCACGUGGGGAAGCUCUGGAGCUAAAUGCUGUAGCGGUGGUGCUAAUGAGACGUGGACAGUACGUAUAACUCAUUGGUAUUCAAUGCAAAUAUAUAUUUCCUUUUUAUUACUGAAGGGGGGAAAAGACCCACAACCACUGGAAUGUUUCAUGUAUUUGUUUGUUUUUGGCCCUUAGACAGCCUUUUUUUUUUUUUUUUUUUUUUUUAAAUCAAAGGUUCAGAAAGAUAAGUCAACAGAAAUUCUUUAUUAAGAUACAAGGAUUAUAUGUGAAAUGAUUACAGUACAUGUCCCACACAUUCUUUAAUGCUGAAAAUUCUACAAGAUGCCUGUUGUCCACAGCAACAUUAUUAUUUCCUGCCGAAUUGAAAUGAGGGAUUCGUGAUGUUUCAACUGACCUCUUUUGGUUUAAUAUAUUGUUAGUGAUGACAAUGUUAUAGAGCUGUACUUUUCUAACAUGGGCUAAAUGAAUAUCCAAUCACAAACUAUUUUUUUCCGUCAAUAAAAAAAUAUUGGA